AUGGAGACGAUAGAGAGGAUUCUGUCCAAACCCGUCGCCAAACCCUACCGCUCUCGAAAGAUCGACCCCUCCGUGAAGCCGUAUCUGAACCGGUUCGGCCAGGUCGACUUUGCCCCCGGCGACAUCGAAAACCCCCGAGAAUGGUCGACAGGCCGUCGGUGGUACUGUACGCUCGUGGGCGUCGUCCUGGUCUGCAACGCCACCUUUGCUUCUUCCAGCCCGUCGGGGUCUCUGCGUGGCAUUGCUAAGGAGUUCCACGUUUCCGACGUCGCCGCCGGUCUCGUUAUCACUCUCUUUCUGCUGGGAUACGUGGCGGGGCCGUUGAUCUUUGCGCCCUUGUCAGAAUUCUACGGUCGGAGAUAUGUCUUUUACGGAACCUUCACGCUCUAUGUGGUCUUCAACUUUCUCUGCGCCUUUGCACCGAACUUUGCGUCCCUGCUCAUUGGGCGUCUGUUGACCGGCACGUUUGCAAGUGCCCCGUUGACCAAUGCCCCCGGCGUGCUGGCCGACGUCUGGGGACCCGUCGAACGUGGGAAUGCCAUGGCCAUUUUUAGCAUGAUGACUUUCAUCGGUCCUGCCAUCGGUCCUGUGAUUUCUGGGUUCCUCGAGCUCAAGGAAGAUUGGCGGUGGUCGUUCUACGUUUUGCUCUGGUUAGGAGGCGUGACGGAAUUGCUGAUGUUCACCAUCCCCGAGACAUUCCCGCCUGUGGUUCUGAUCAACAAAGCCCGACGACUGAGGGCCACGGGCAUCCCUGAAUAUCAAGAGCUCCAGGCCCCGGCUGAAGCAGAAGGGCGAAGAUUGACCGAUAUCUUCAAAGUCGCCUUGAUCCGACCGUGGCAGAUCCUCUUCGACACCAUCUCGAUGCUGGUGGCCGUCUACAUCUCGGUCGUUUAUCUGCUGCUCUACAUGCUCUUCACCAUCUACCCGAUCGUUUUCCAGGAGAAGCGAGGCUGGAACUCUGGGGUCGGCGAGCUGCCGCUGGUCGGCACCGUCAUCGGUGCAUGCAUCGGUGGUUCCAUUAUUUUCUACGUCUCGCGACGAGACAAGGAGCGAAUGCUGGCGGGGAUCCCGCGCAAACCGGAAGACCGACUGCCCGUCGCCAUGAUCGGCGGCAUCAUGUUCGCGGUCACCAUGUUCUGGUUUGCCUGGACCGCGAAUUUCAACAGCAUCCACUGGAUCGUGCCGACUCUCGCGGGCACGUUCUUGUCGACGUCGAUCCUCCUCAUCUUCGUCGCCUACCUCAACUACCUCACGGAUACCUAUCUGAUGUACACGGCCAGUGCCAUGGCCGCGAACACCAUCUGCCGGUCGGCCUGUGGCGCCGCGGCCCCUCUCUUUACGAACCAAAUGUUCCGCUCACUGGGGGUCGGCGGCGGCGGAUCGCUGAUCGCGGGUGUCGCUUGCCUUCUCGCGCCCAUCCCUUUCAUCUUCUACAAAUACGGCCCGCAGAUUCGCCAACGAAGUCGCUUUGCUCCCACCGACGCCCCUCAGACCCGAGACGAGGAGAGUCAGGACGGCGAAGCGAAAGAGGCCGUGGACGUGGAGGCUCCGUCCAGUCCCAGCUCAAGUUCGAUGACUGGCAGUCUACGUUCCGAAGUGUCUUCACACAUCGAUGCCGAGCCUUCACCUGUCGCUGACGAGAAGACGGGUGAGCCAGAAGCAGACCAGCACCACGAGCCAGAACACGAGGCGAGCGAGACGAAAGAGGAUUCUUGA